AUGAUUUAUUCGUGUUUAGAUGCUCAAGAAUUAAUUGGGAUAUUAUCGAAUCCACACUUUAGAUCCCUCCUAGGAACACAUGACAGCAUUGCCGAAAGAUAUAAUUUUCCAUCGUCACCCGAAUUAGCACCGCUAGCCGAAAUCGAUUCCAUUGAUUUUUUCCCAAACGGCACAACAAUGACCGCAGAUGCUAUACGAGUCAUAGGUUUGAGAAAAAAUCCAAACGAACCUUUGGGUUUGACCGUGGAACAAGACGAAAAUGGUAAUUUGGUAGUGGCUAGAAUAUUAGCCGGAGGAAUGAUCGACAAACAGGCACUUUUGAGUAAGGGUGAUAUUAUACUGGAAGUCAAUGGUAUAUCCGUGGAAUCACCGGAAGAUCUCAUAACGGAAAUUGCAAGAUCUAAAGAUACUGUUACCCUUAAAAUAGCUCCGAGUUUUGAUGACACGUCUGCCAUAACCGGAGUACAAAAUGGAAAAGUCGUUAACGGUUACGGAGGAAAUGGAAUCAAUACGAUGGUUUACAUGAGAGCAUUAUUCGAUUACGAUCCGAAAGAAGACACGUUGCUACCCUGUCGGGAAAUCGGUUUGGAUUUUAAAAAAGGUGACGUUUUACAAAUAAUGAAUCAAAACGAUCCGAAUUGGUGGCAGGCUAAAAAAGUCGGUUCGAACGGUCCUGCGGGUUUGAUACCAUCGCAAGAACUCGAAGAAAGACGGAAAGCGUUCGUUAAACCGGAAGCGGAUUUUGUACAUAAAAUAAGCAUAUGCGGAACGAGGAUCUCGAAAAAAAAGCGUAAAAUUCUUUACCAGACGAAAACGAAUUCGGAAUUCGAUAAAGCUGAAUUACUUUUAUAUGAAGAAGUCACGAGAAUGCCGCCAUUUAAAAGGAAAACUUUGGUUUUGAUUGGUUGUCACGGAGUCGGAAGGAGAACAUUAAAAAACAGGAUAAUAAAUAGCGAUCCGGAAAAAUUCGGUGGAGUAACUCCGAGUAAUGCAUUUUUUUCCUUCGAUCGUAACAGUUCGAUAAGGUACAGUUCACGUAGAGCAAGAACUUUAGAAUCGUUGGCUUCCAUAUACGAAGAGGAUGAUUUGAAGAAAACGUUAGAAGAAAGUAGUUGCAUGCAGCGAACAUACGAUAAAUAUAUCGAUUUAACGAUCGUCAAUGAAGAUUUCGACGUGACUUUUCGUAAAAUUAUCGAAGCGUUGGAUAAAAUGAGUACCGAACAUCAAUGGGUACCCGUUAAUUGGGUUUAUUAA